AUGGCCAACAACACGAACGAUGGUAGUGAAAACUUUUGGCCCGCGAACCAGCAGCCACCGCACCAUUAUCAUCCGGCGCACGCUCAGCAGUGCCAGCAACCACCGGUGACCCUAUUUCCUGUCACGCAGCACACGCUUCCGCCACACCUGCAACCAGCGCAUCAUCCCCAGCAUCCGUACGCGUUGCCGACGGGACCGGCGCACGGCUUCUAUCUGAACGCUGGCGUACCAAACACCGGACCUUCGCUGGGGGGAGAAGGCUUUCCGCCAGCUAACGCCAACAACGGAUAUGCACCUCACGUCCCUCAGCACCCACCGAUCGAGGAUGAGUACACGGUCGCCGAUGCGUACGGUCAGCUACUAAAAGUGGUCUACAAACCACAACCGCAGGUGGCCGGUGGAGUAGGAGGAGUAGGAGCAGCAGGAAUUGUGCGUCCGACGGAGGACACUCACCACCCAUUCAAUGCUCCGCAGACGAAGCAAGAGUACGAGUUAUUUUCCAGUAACAACAGCUUCAUGUCGGCCGCUCCCGGCUUUGGAUUCAUAUUCCACCACCAGCAACAGCAACAGCAGCAACAAGAACAUCAGCAGCAGCAGCAUCAGCAACAACAGGAACUGCCACAGCAACAACAACUGCCGUUGUCCUCGAUUGCUCAACAGCCACCAUCGCCGGUACCGACAGUACGCAAUGCGGUUGAGAAUGGAACCAGCAGCAGUAUGUUGAUCAACCAGAUGGUCGGUAACCUGGUACCGACCAUGUCCGGCCGUUAUUUGCCAUUCGGUGGAACUGCUGGACCGUCUCUUAUGACCGAAACGACAGCGCUCAUUAACACUGCACCGGCGAAAGACGGCAAUGUAAAGGCAUCGCCCGUCAAAACCGCUAGCACCGUAUCGAAACCGAUCGUCAACCCAGUGCCACCGACCAUUACUGGUACAUCCAGCAGUACAGUAAGUGCGACGCCACCGCCACCUUCGUCCUCGCGCUUGUCUAACGGAAACCGAGGAUCGACGAACCCCACGAGUGCUCCGGCACCAACCACCUCGACAGCGACGGCCGUUUACAACCAGCAGAACGACGAUAACUCGGCCAAGUUGGAUCAGAAUGUCAACAAAAAGCAGCGCAUAGUGGCGGAGGUGAAACCGAUGCGCAUGUCGUACUCGGAUGUGCUGAGCAAGAAGGUGAGCGGUGCUACCCCCGCCAGUAACGGCCUACCGAAUGCCGCUUCGAAUGUUGUUUCAAACGGUGGUGGUCACAGUAAUGCCACCGCGGGCGCUGGCUUACAGAACGGAACAAAAGCUUCCGCUGCUAAUGGUUCCGGGGGACACGCUUUCUCGAAAGGCGGUUCAAAGGCGGAGAAACGGGAGGGUAAGAAGUCAAACGGAAACGGCGCGGAGCGUAAGGCAGCGACCAUUGCUCCCGGGAACGGCACGAAAGAUCGGUCGGGUGACGCUGUGGCUAGAAAAGGUGGCACCAAUUCUGCAGGCGUGGGCCUGUUGGGUACUUCGCCCGGGGAUGCCAAUAAGAGUGAUGGUGUGGGUAGCGGUAUUGCUUCCACGCUAAAGCUGGCCCAGGAUAAACCGAAAAAAAAUCAAGAUCACAAAACUACGCUGAAAAAGGAUAAAGGCACACGCAAUGGAACCGGCACUGAAGGUGCCGAUGGAAACGUCAGCAACAAGAAGGGCCGUAAUCGGCGCAUGGAUGAAACCAACGGGGCUGACGGUGGUGGUGGCGGUGAACCUUCGAACGGUACGGGGGGCAGUGAUGAGGGUGCCACAGGGAACGAAGAAACGGAAGAAGAUUUUGACGAAGAAGACUCCGAAGAGUACGAACAGGACAGUGUGACCACGGAGCAGCAGCAGCAACAAAAGCCAGGCGCAAAGGAAAAUGGCCAUCAACAGCAGCAGCAGCAGCAGCAACAACAAUUUGUCUACAAUGUGAAGAAGACCAUCGGUGUAAAUGACACACAUAUCGAGAAAAUCGUGCAACCCUCACGUACCGCAGCCGCGGCCGCGACAUCGUCUGCUUCCUAUCGGAAGGCCGGCAAUCGCAACAAUUCCGCAUCUCAUCGCAAUGGGCCCGGUAAGCAACAACAGCAAGACAAGACACUCGGCAACCUACCGAACGGCAAGCGUUCCGUGCGCUCGCGCAAGAAUCAAAAGUACGCCUUUGCCGAGAAGCUGCUGCAGAAAUGGCUCGAAUACAUGGUGCUGGUAGUGCGCUGGCUUUGGUCGCUUGUGAGCGAUGUGGUGUACCUGAGCGUCCGGUUGGCGUGGGACUAUGCCCUGGCUGGGUACCAGUAUUGCUGGCAACACGCCUGCACUGUAAGACAAGAUUUUCGUAAAAAUUCUGCUCGCCCUGGCGUUUGGUUGCGGGGCGUUUGGAAGUCGUUCGAUGCGCGCUUCGACAAAGAGUCUCGCUGGGCGUUUUGGCGGCACUGCCGGCGAACCAAGGCGACCGCUGAACCGGCCACUGGACGAACCCCGCAUCACCAUAACAAGGACGGUCGGCUGCCGUCGACGGCGGACGAAGCGAUGUCAUCGCUGCUGAACUGUAAGGGAAAAGACGCGUACAGUAUUCUAGGUGUCAGUCCGGACUGCUCUCAAGAGCAGAUCCGCAAGCAUUACAAGAAGAUUGCGGUGCUGGUUCACCCGGACAAAAACAAGCAACCGGGCGCAGAAGAAGCGUUCAAGGUGCUGCAGCGUUCGUUCGAGCUGAUUGGCGAAACGGAAACGCGCAAGGAGUACGACCAGAGUCUGGCCGAGGCCCUGAACGCCGAGAAGGCAUGGUCUGAGAUUAACGAUCUACUUACGCAGCUGCACACGAAAAUAUCGGAAGCGGCCAACACGAUAAGAUGUAGCAGUUGCUGUUUGAGGCAUCCUCGUAAACCGACCGGUCGAGCGCAUUAUGCUGCAAGAGAAUGCAGUUCGUGCAAAAUCCGCCACCCAGCCAAGGAGGGCGACAUCUGGGCCGAAACGAGCUGUCUCGGAUUGCGCUGGAAGUAUCUCGCCAUGAUGGAAGGCAACGUGUACGAUAUCACGGAGUGGGCCAACUGCCAAAAAGGUGCACUUUCGCACCUGCAACCAAACUCGCAUGUCGUGCAGUAUCGUAUCGUGCUCGGUAGUAGCAGUGGUGGCACCCAGCAGCAGCAGCAGCAGAACGUGCAGCAGGACAAAGAAUCGCUGGGCCGAUCACGAAAAGAACCGACCGUUAAUGAACCAAAUUUAGAUGACUUCCUGAACAAUAUCUACGCCGGACAAAAUCAACAAGCUUCGUCGCAGACUGCUCCUUCACGGCGACGCUAUCGUAGAAACUAAACAACUCUUGUUCAGGCAUUUUGCGUACGUCCGGUUCUUGAGAUUCUGUGCACCGUUGCGAAACACCCCAUUUUACUCCACUACAGUGGUGCUCCCCGAAGAAGGAGUGUUCCGCUCAUCUUUGUGACCCAUUUCGCUCUUCCGUUCAAAUCUCACUUUUUACUGCAGUGUGAGCACCAUCACUCGAGACCACCAUAUCUCUACAGUAUCCAGCCGGAGUAGAGGCAACAGUACCGACGAAUUAAAUUAGUAGUGCUUUGUCGGGAGAUGUAUCUCAUUUUAUCGCCCUAUUGGUUUUUUAACAGAGCAAAUAUGCCACAAACAGUAGAACGAGACACGAAGGAAAAGAAUAUUAGUGGAACCAAUCGCAGUACAAAUUGCGCGACAAAUUCGCCACCUUGGCUUGGCUUGGCAAUGCUAGAGAGGGAAAAUGCCCUAAACCAGCCACACGCAGGAUUCGGUAAAAACAUGAACAAAAACAAAAUUAAUCUAUAACUUCUAACCGAUUGAACGCCAGUUAUCCGACAAAAAAUCCAAUGUUUAUCCGCCAGAAAUAAUAAUGAUGUCUAGUAUCGAGGGCGAAUAUAAAAUUAUCCACCUUCUCCCCUAUGUCGAAGCGCUUGAACGAGCCCCAGCACGGGGCCGUGUGCGGCCAACAUGUAACACGUAGUUUUAUGCAUUUUCAUCGCAUAUAUGUACCCAAACAAUAGAAAUAAAAAUCA